GUUCACCCAACCUCCGUCGCAGGUUGCCAUAAGCGGGCAGCCUGCUGUCUCGCAGCCUGCACAACCGCAGGGUACACAACCCCAGCAGCAACUAGUGCAGCAGCCUGCGCUACAGGGUCCACAACUCGGAAUGGUGCAGGUACCGGGACAAAGUCAGUGGGUUCCAAAGACGGCCAUCACCGCUCCUAAACCCUUUACAGGGGAUAAGAGGGGCGAAGACCUUGACACAUGGUUGAGGGCAGUGCCAGUCUAUGUCAAGUGCAAACUUACCUUGCCGCACGAGGAAGUGCUUGUGGCUGCCUCCUAUCUAAAGGGGAGUGCAACAAGAUGGCUGAGUGGUUUAGUGCAGCUACAGGGGUACGGUCAUGACUUUCGCGCUUGGGCGGUCACCCAGAAACAAGAUGACUUCCUCAAGUUGGUGGAGGACAGGUGGCAUGAUCCUCAGGAGGCCCAAAAGGCUACUGACGCGAUCCUGACACUGCAUACCAGGCAGUUCAAGUCAGUAAGAGAGGCCACUGACGCAGUAGAGCGUUUGAUCUGUGUCCCUGGGGUGCGCUAUGACCCCCAGGUUUUACUCACUUCCUACAUGAGAUGCUUUCCCAUGCCUCUCAGGAAUCAGUUGGCAAGUGAGGCCAACAUCAACAUGCACGACUUCCCCUCGUUUAGCAAGAAUGCCCUAGACUUGGAAGCAAAGAUAGGGCAUGGUCAGACGCCCGCGACGGAUGGUAAAAAAAAGUCACUGCCUCCCAAUUGGAAAGCGAAGGGACGCAUCAUGUUCGUUGACAACGAUGGAUCCACCAUCGAAUUGGAUGACGACUUCCAGGCGGGAGUAGGUUCAGAGGCUGACAGCGUAGAAGCUUCAGGGGGUGGAGUAGUCGCUGCCGUAGCUCAAAAAGGUAAGGCGACCGGUAGACGCCGAGGAGGUUCCCGGUCAAGGAGUCAAGUUGACCCGAAUGCUCCUCCAUGGGAGAAAGCGAGUCUCAGUGAGGACGUGUGGAGAGAUCGGUACACGCAGCAGACUUGUAUCCGUUGUAGCCAGUACGGCCAUAACCAGUUCAAGUGCCGAAACAAGAACGUGACCGAAAAGAUCCUGCCUAUGAUGGGGCAGGCGUUGGGAUCCUCCAUUCCCGUUGGUAGCAAUGUAGCCAGCAGUUCUGACGCUGCUCCGGGAAACGCCUUGGGCCAGAUUGUCGAAGAGCACGUAGCACACUUGGACAAAGUCCUUAGUCUCCUUCGACGACACAAGUUCAAGAUCAACGGUGAGAAGUGCGAGUUCGGCCGCACCCGUAUCUUGUACUUGGGUCAUGAGAUUUUCGUGGAGGGAUUGAAGCUCGAUGACGCGAAGGUGGCCAACAUUCGUGACUGGCCGCGUCCUCAGUCUGUGAUUGAGAUGAGGUCUUUCUUAGGGAUGAUCGACUGCUACCGUAAUUUUGUUACGAACUAUAGUACUGUGGCCGCUCCUUUGACUGACCUGACCCGCCUUGACACCCCGCGGGAAUGGACAUACAGGUGCGAGGCUGCUUUUAGACAUUUGAAGCAUGCGUUGACACACCAUGAGGUCUUGAAGCUCCCCGAUCCUGACAAGCCGUUUAUAGUCACCACGGAUGCUAGCCAAUAUGGCAUAGGCGCCAUGCUCGCGCAGCAGGAGGGGCCAAAGUUGAGGCCAGUUGAGUACAUGUCCAAGAAGAUGCUGUCUCAGAAGUUAGCUAAGUCCACUUAUGAGAAAGAGCUCUACGCGAUUUACAAGGCAUUGACCCACUGGAGACAUUACCUCCUUGGGAGGUUCUUCAUCGUCAGAACUGAUCAUCAGAUCUUGAAGUGGAUGAGAACCCAACCUGUGCUCUCCGAUGCAUUGAAGCGCUGGAUCGAAGUCAUUGAACAGUAUGACUUCGAACCGCAAUAUCUAAAAGGGGAGUACAACAAAGUUGCUGAUGCCUUAUCGCGCAGGCCUGACUUCUCCGGUGUGCUGAUUACCGAGUUCGAGCUCGCGAACGAUGUCACUCGCUCGUAUCGCAAGGACCAGUUCAUGUCUAAGAUCAUACGCAGACUCGAGGCGAAGGACAAGGUGACUUCUGUCGAGUUUGAGUUGGUCAACGGACUGUUUUUCCUUGAGAAGGCAGGGAAUAAACGUCUGUGUGUGCCAGAUAGAGCGUCUUUAGGAGAGUGUCAUGAUGCCACCGGACAUUUUGGCUAUAAAAAGACAGCAGCCAAUCUGCUGCAGAGGUUCUGGUGGCCCACGAUGAUGAGAGACGCAAAGCUGUACAUGGAAACUUGUCAGGGUGGGGAGUUCACAAGAGGAACAUCCACACUGCGUGAUCGGGGAAAGCUCUGAUGAGUUCAUCGAAUUUUCAUUCUGAGUUUUAUGCCAGAAGGAGACCUUUCGUUCCCCUCGUGACUGAAGAGACAUGAAACUUGCCGUUUGCAAUCGUAAGUCUCGACUCUGAAGCGUAUGCGUAUGCACCUGUGUGCCGUCAGCAUGACAAAAUACAGCGCAACAAAAGUGCGUUGACAUG